AUGCCCGCCCCAUGGCGCCGCGGGGUGUACGAAAAGGUGGAAUCUGUUGUAGUGGAAAGGAACGGUGUCCAGUAUGAGAGGGAGUUGGCGGGAGAAGAGCCUACGGCCACUGUGAACGCAAAACGCGACGAGCCAAGUCCUACAGACGCAGACUACGACAGCGAUUCUGAUGAAGACGACUACCCUGAGAAGCCGAACAUGACAGCUAUGACAACAGCAUCUCUUACAGUACCGACAGGAACUCCAGCUCUUCUGAUUACCAUGACUCUCAGUGACGAGCCACAAGCCACACCUGCCUUCGCCGACAAUGACCCUACCGAGACCAUCGUGAUCGCUAUGCCACCACCGCCUCGACCUCAUCAUGAUCGCCCUAUUUCCCAGACGACUGAGCACUUGCUCAUUGCUGCCGGCUCCAUUGGUGCGACUAUCAUCAUCGUCAUGGUAGUUCUUGCCAUGUACACCAUGCGCAAGCGAGGUCUUACUUUCAAGGACGUACUCCAACAGGGCAAGCAGCAACUUCGCCGCGGAUCCCCACCACCACCGCCAUCAAGAUACGGCCUGGACAAGAAGAACUUUGACGAUGAAUACACAUAUGGCAUGAACGACUCGUUCAAUGCUCCUCAACCCACGGUUGCGCCUAAGCGAUCUUCUUCACUCUCUUCGCAGAAACGGCUUCAACCUCUCGGGCGGAGUGACAGCUUCAAUCAGCCUCCGACUAGGGAUGGCACCCAGAGCUUCUACGAUGACACACCAUCAAUUUCGAACUCACAUCGUCGCAAUGAUAGCGCAACACCAUCAUCACCUGUUCUGCCCAUAGAGGGGCAACGACGAAGUGCGUCAACUCGCAACACAAGAUCAUUGGACGGUGACGAGGAAUCGUUGCGGUUCCCCGACCCUUCGCAGGAGCAAUCCAGAAACCUCCCGCCUCCUCCAACAUUCCGCCAGUUCCUCUCGAACAGACCUUCCAUAUCUCAACGACCCGGUUUCGGUGGUGCUUCUGCGGCUGCUGCAGGAGGUGGUUUUGCAAGUAGGUUCAGCUGGACAAACUCGCAGGCCCCUCAAACCCCACAUGAUCCCUCUCGCGACACUGCCACUCAGCCACUUGGUCGUGAUAGCUUCAUGACAUCCCGCUCUUCCGUUCCACGUUUCCGCACAGUAGACUCUUGGGUGAACCAGCAAUCCAACCGCGUCGAAGAACAACGCCUCAAGCAGCAGUUCCGCAUGACGCAGUCCACCACUUACUCUGAUGAUGAGGUGCCUGAAAUGCCCGCACUACCAUCCGGCGUGCCCAAGAACGCGAGCGGCAUAACUAGACAACCCAGCGCUGCAGGCUUGAGCCGCAACGGCAGCAAGAGCGGUCUGGUAGGAAGGGACAUUAAGCACCAGAGGCACGAUACACAGACUACGGCUCCUAUCUUCAAGGCACACCCAGGCACUGAAGUGCGCUUCAGCACACGCAGCGCUGUACCUUCUGAGAUCCUGGAUAGGGGACGAGACAAUUUCGCGCUAUAA